AUGGCACCCUUGCUGCUCAAAGUCAAGGGCAACAAGUCCUUCAGCCCCUUCUCCAACCUGCACGAUGAAGACUCGUUGCUCCGCACCUGGCGAGUAUGCACCAAGGUCGCUGCCCACCUCGAGCAGGGUCAGCGUCUCGAAAACCUCAGCUGGCGACUCUGGUACCUCCACGACCUCAUGGUCGAGAACGACGACGUAAAGAGCCGUCGCGAUUUCAAAAAGCUCUCCAAGUCCACCGGCGAGAAGCUCGACCGCGACCGCGGACGCGCCAUCGGCGAGCUCACCGCCCCGCCCUUCCGCAAGACCGACUCGGGCGAGGCGCUGCGCAAAAAGGCCGUCGAGCGCCAGAAGCUCCGCGCGCUCGCCGUCGCCAAGCUUCAGGGCAAGUUUCGCAGCAGCGUCGGCGCCAGCAAGCAGUCCAUGAAGGACAUGCAGUACACCUUUGCGCUCGACCCCACCGUCAACUUCAAGCAGACCACCGUCGGCAACAAGGAUGCCUCCAGAGAUUACGCACACAACCAGCGCCAGAACGCGCCCGUCGGCACCACCAACAAGUUCCCCCUCAACCUCUCCCCGCCCGCCUCCAACCCGGACGCCGCGCGCACAGACGCCAUGGAGCUCAGCACGGACCACCCGCUCGCAUUCGGCGCCGUCGACUCGGGUGCUACUUUUGACCAGAUCAUGGCGAGCGCAGGCAUGAGCAACCUCGGCACCGCAUCCGCCGGAUACCGCAUCGAGGACAUCGAGGCCGCAGAGCGCGAGCUGCUGCUCAACCACCACAUCGACCUCAACGCGCCGCUCGACAGCCUCCUCGCAGGCCUCGGCGGCAUGGAGGACGUGCAGAUGGACCUCGCCGACCUCGGCCUGCCCGUCGGCGACCUGCCCAACUUCAACGCGCCCUUCGACCACUCCUUUGCGAACCUCUCGUCUGUGCAGAGCUUCGCCGGCGGCGCCGCAGCGCCCUCCUCGGGCCCCAGCCGUCAGAGCGUCGGCCCGGUCAAGCUCAAGCAGAACAGGCGCAAAAAGACCGACCCACAGCCGCAGAAGGUGGCGUCGGAACUCGCGCGCAAAAAGGCAGAGGAGCUCAGGACCAUGCGCAAGCUCUCCGAACAGACCCAGCGCACGCACAUCCAGAACAGCUCGCGCCCAGAGUCCAAGGAGCCCAGCCCAGACGCCAGCGUCGGCAGCGUCUGGGGCAGCCAGCCCGACUGGCUCUCGAACAACAACUCGAUGGGCGCCGCUGACAAGGCGCCCGCGCUGUCGCAGAGCUUGCCCGAGGACGCGCAUCUGCCCCUCUCGGCGUACGGAAGCGUGGCGAAUGCGCAGGAUCCGAUGGGCGGCUUGCACAUUGAUACCUCCGUCUCGACGAUCCACGGCGCGCAUCCGCAGCCGUCGCUGUUUGGCGCGCGCGGCACCUCGGUCUCGGUGCCCACGACGCCGCUGCUGGCGCCCGAGGCCGGGCCGUUUCAAGGCGCUGACCGCCCCGUCGACUCGCUCUCGGCGCCCUCGUCGCCCACCAUGCGUCCCUCGCUCGGCCAUAUCGGUCGCUCCGGCUCGAGUCCGGGUCCCUCGACGAGCGCCGGCACCUCGCGCGCCGUCAAGCGCCACUCGACCGACGGCGCACUCACCUCCUCGGACGGCAUGCCCAAGCCCAAGCCGCGCGGACGCAAGAGCAUCGCCGGCUCCAUCGCCUUCACAGCGAUCAACCCGGAGCUCAACCGGAAGCCGGAUGCGCUGCCGCCGGGCAGCUCGACGCCGAGCAUCGCCACCAACGCGCAGCCGACGCAGGCGCAGUGCACCAACUGCGGCGCCACCUCGACGCCGCUGUGGCGGCGCGAUCCGAACGACCUGCUGCUGUGCAAUGCCUGCGGGCUCUACCUCAAGCUGCACAAGACGCCGAGGCCCAAGAGCCUCAAGAGCCACCACAGCCACUCGCACGCGGGGCACAUGACGCCCUCGGCGACGCCGGGGGGUGCGUCGGCGCCCGGAUCGCGUGCCGGGUCGCCGUCGCGUGAGGGCGAGGCGGGUGUGGAUGAUAUGAUGUCGUGCUACAAUUGCGGCACGUAUACGACGCCGCUGUGGAGGAAGGACGAUGCGGGACAUACCGUGUGCAAUGCGUGCGGGCUGUAUCUCAAGCUGCAUAAUGAGCAUCGGCCCGUGACGAUGCGCGCGGAUGUGAUCAAGAAGCGCUCGCGAUACGAUGAGAAGCGCGGGCGCGCGUCGACGGCGAGUUCGAGACGCACGUCGCCGCAGCCCCAGGUAGAAGGGUCGGCCACGGUUGGGGGUGGGCAGGAGUCCAUGGUGGUGGAUAAGCCCGCGCGCGCAAAGUCGAACUCGGUCACGUUUAGGCUGCAGCCGAGCGAGGAUAAGGCAGCUGCUACGUCGGCGUCGGCGCCCGGGUCGGCGGGCGUGCCCGGACCGUCGUGGCCUUCGCUUGGGAAUGAGGGCAAUGUGGCGCACCAGCUCAACGACGCGUUUGCCACGGCGAUCAAUCGGUUCUCGACGGGCGUGCCUGCGCCUGGCGCUGAUGCGGGCGAUGCACCGGCACCGGCACCGGCACCGGCACCUGCGCCCGUGGGAUGGGGCGCAUGGACGCAGCAGCAAGCCGCAUCGGGCCCGCCGUCCAUGUCGGGCUCCAACGGUACACCGACCUCGUCGGCAUCGGCCACCUCGCCGCCUGUACCUGGUGGACCGAGCCAGACGGACAUACAGACGCUGUCCGCGGCGUUCUCGGCACACCCGGCGCUGGCCUACGCCGUGCAUCAGGCGGCGGAAAAGUUCCCGGCGUUCUUUGCGCAGAACCCGCUCGGCGCCACUGCAUCCGUCGCGGCGGCGGCGGGCAUUCAUAAUCCCUUCGCCGCCUCGGCUGGCUUUGCGCAGAAUGAGGCGAGCGCUCCAGCGGCAGCAGCGGUGGAGGAUGCAGCGAUCGAUGUGGCGGGUGUGGGCACGCCGAGCAAUUUGGCGGGGCACGAUAGUGUGAUGCUCGACCUGGCGACGCCGGGUGCGGAGCGCGCCGGUAGCAGUGCGCCCGGUGUGCGCGAGGCCGACUUUGGCCGCAUGCUCGCAGGCGAUGCUGGCACGCCCCAGGCUGGCAGCUGGUGGUAG